UUAGAAGGAGAAAUCGCAAGUCUGAAUCUAAACCUACACAGACAGCUGAGCCAAUCACAAACCGCCCUCGUCUCUUAUAAGAGUCGAGUGCUUCUAUCCACACACAGGGCAGAACCUGCAGACAUUCAGCAAUGAUGCCACUUUACAUGGUUAUUGUUCUUCUCAGUGAAAUCUUCCAGGUAGCAGCAGUGAACAAGAUCUCCAGUAUUCAUCAGGACAGAGGGUUGAAAACAGCUAGAGUGGGAUAUGAAGUAACUUUACACUGCACAUAUCAGGAUGAUACUGUAAACUUCCUUUCAUGGUACAAGCAGAGCCUGGGAGGUAAACCUGACAUCAUAUCUACUCGGAUGAAGCUCAACCCAGAAGCUACCAUCUCCUCUGCGUACAAAGAGAGGUUUAGAGUUAUAGCUAAAAAAGGCAUCAACCAUCUCGUUAUCAGAGACAUUCAACUGUCGGAUUCAGCGACGUAUUACUGUGGGAUUUUAGAAUUCAACGCAAUUGAGUUUGGAGAAGGAGUCUUUCUUCAAGUCAAAUCAUCAUCGUCCAACAUCACCGCUGUGGUCCAUCAGCCAGCGCUGGAGCUGCUCCGGGCGGGGGACUCUGUGAAUUUGAGCUGUACCAUUUACACUGAGCCAUGUGCCGGGGAGCAGAGCUUCUACUGGUUCAGACAUGGUGCUGCUCAGCCUGCAGUCAUGUACCACAGUAAGGGACAGUGUGAGGCUGACUCAGAGUCUCACAUGAAAAGUUGCAUUUUAAACCUUGCUGUAAAGUCAGUGAGCUCUGCUGAUGCUGGGAUGUACUACUGCGCUCUGGCUUCCUGCGGGGAGACGGUGUUCGGGAAUGGAACAAGAGUGCAGAUUGAAGGAGGCUCUGCUAGUCCCCGUCUCCUGGUCUACUGCCUGAGCGUGGCAUUGGCAGUUUCCAUUAUUGUGCUACUCGUCUUGGCUUUCAUCCUGCACAGAAAAGAAUCCUGCUCUGUCUGCAAAGGAACUGUUUCUCAUUCAGCAUGUUCGGCAACACCUGACGCUGUGGGCCAGAGUGCAGAUGCUCUCCAUUAUGCUGCUCUGAGUCUGAACAGAACCAGGGAGCGGCAUCGCAAAGAGGGGAGCACGGAGGCAGAGUGUCUGUACUCCAAAGUGAAGAGUAGGAAAGAGUGAAGAAGAACUUUGCCUUCACAUUUGAUCAGUUUUAAAAAAUAAUGUGUCAUUUUAAUCCCUAAACUGAUCAAUUCACCGCUGGAAUAAAUUGCAAUGAAUUCAAAUGUCCAUUUUCAAUGUUUUUGCUGAUUUCUUCUGUCAUAGAUGUCUCUUAAAUGUGUAAAAGUUAGAGAGGUCACCUUGUCUGUGCAUAAAGUUUGAUAAACACGCUCA